AGUUAGUGAGUGAAAAAGUGAUGGCUAGUCUUCCAAGAUCUCAAGUAUCGUUCAGAAGAUCAGGUUCUUCUGGUCUUGUUUGGGAUGAUACAUUCUUAUCAGGAGAAUUAAACAAACUCAAUACAGAACAACAACAAUAUAAGAAUACUACUACUAUUGAAGACGACAAUAAUAAUAAUAAUCUCAAAGAGCAUCACACUGGAUACCGUACAGUAAAAGUCUCCCCUUCGACGAACGAUCCACCGUCUCCGAAAAUCUCUGCGUGCGGGUUCUGUAAUCCUUUUGCGAAAAAGAGUCAACCGAUGAAGCCCGGUACGCGCCGAUCGAGGUAGGAAUGGUCGCAUAUUGAAUUGAAUCGCUGUCUCGAAGCUUUGCCGGAAAAAACACAACAGUGAAAUUUGAAUUUUGAUAUCUCUGUUUUGUGUGUCCGAGUUUAGUUUUUCUUUUCUUUUUUAUACUGUUGAGUUUGGAUUAAUGGUUGAUUGUAAUUAUUAUGCGUAAGAUAUUUAUUAUGCGUAAUUACUAUAUUUAGUUUUCCUUGUUA